UGGGUACUUGUUAUAAAAAAUGUUCUAAGGCGUUUUAGUUGCUCUGUCUUCUGUGGUCCCCCCUGAGUGGAGAAUGGAACGUUCCAGAAACAUUUCGAAGGUGAAAGCGGGAGGAAGUCAGUUUUCCAGCGCGAGCUCAGAGAACAUAGACUUCAGAAUGGACGUAACGACGUGUCUGAAGUCUCUGCUUCUCGCUAUUCGACAUUACAACAACAACAGGGGCACACUCAACACAUCUCUGCUGCAGAAACACAUCGAAGAUUUGUCUGCCUUGAAGUGCUCCAGGAUCUUGUCCUCGGGUCAGGUUCUCCCCAGCGAGUGUCUGAACGGUCUGCUGGAAGUAGCUGGAGAUCCCAACACCAGUCCUGCUUUCACAGGGAGCGUCCUGUCUCUGCUUGCCCAGCUCGCAUCUGAUGAUGAGAGUAAAGAGACACUUCUUAGCCGUUUUAACAUUGUCGGGACUCUGGCGGGCGUCAUUCACUGGAACAGAGCUACACCUGAGGAGCCGAUCGUACUGCAGUGUCUUCAGGUCUUGCAGCGUCUCACUUACAACGUCAGGAUCCUGCACUGCGCCUCCCACAUAGACGACCUCCUCACGUUCCUCGUGCUCAACAUCCAGUCUCAGAAUGAUGAUGUCACCAAGCCGUGUUUGGGCCUGAUGGCUAAUCUGUGCCGACACAACCACUCUGUACAGGUCCAGAUAAAGUCUCAGAGUAAUGUUAAAGCCUUCUACAGAGCUUUGCUCAACUUCCUCGGGCACAACUGUCUUACCGUGGUUGUCUUCGCUCUCUCGAUCUUGUCCAGCCUCACCCUCAGCGAGGAAGUGGGCCAAAAGCUGUUCAAUGCAAAGAACAUUCAUCAGACUUUCCAGCUCAUCUUUAACAUCACUGUGAACGGAGACGGCACCCUGACCAGGAACUACGCCGUUGACUUGCUGGUGGAUCUGCUCAAAAACGCCAAGAUUGCAGAUUACCUCACCAACUAUAAACACCUCCCUGUGUGUCUGAGUGAGGUGGUCGGCCUUCUUCACAGGAAAGACCCAGACACAGCGGUAAAGGUUCUGGAGCUGCUCGUGUCUAUGUGCUCGGUUCCACCCCUACGCAGGCUCAUCUGUCAGUCUGUGUUAAAACCCGCUGCCCCUCGUCUACAGCUCGCCACCAGAAACCCCGCCCAGGUCAGGGGGGCGGAGCCAGGCCUGGCGCUGCUCCAAUGGGCAACAGCCCCCCUGCAGGAACUGGAGCGGUGCUGCCUGCUCGCGCUGGAGCUCUUCACUGAGUUGUUUGAGGAGGUGAUCGGUUCCUCGCAGUCCGGUUCCGCUCGCUCGUUUUUGGAGCUCCUUCUUCCGGCCCUGCAGAGUUUACUGCAGACUCCAGACUUCAGCGCUGGAGACGAGCUGCUGCAGAGGCACUGCGCGAGAGCUGGGCGAGCGCUUGACCUCCUGCUAGUCCUGUGCGGAGACGACGUCCUGAAGUCUCUGGUGGCGCAGCACGUGAGCUCGGAGCUGUGUGUGUCCCUGAUGGAGCUGCUGCUGUCUAACAGUCAGGACUACAUCAGCUCCGUCCGCUCGGACUCAAACUCUCGACUCAGCCACACGUGCGGUGAAACGGUCCUGAAGACUCUGGAGCUGAUGAGCCAGCUGAAGCAGCACGUCGCCGACAUGGAGACCUGCUUUUACCGCAUGCUGCAGGACCAGCGCUUGGUGACGCCUCUGUCCCAGGCCCUGACGUCUCAGCACCGAGAGCGAGUCCACACGGCCCUGCGCGUCUUGUUCGAAGCUGCUCCUCUGCCCGACUUCCCCACCGUCAUUUUGGGUGAAAGCAUCGCAGCGAAUAACGCGUACCGGCAACGCGAGGGUGAGCUGAGCGCUCAGGAGGACGGGGUCGCCCCAGCGAAGAGCUUCACCGUGUCUAGUGCUGCUCCGGACAGUCCGUCUCGCCAGAGUAUCGACAGUCUGAUCGAGAAACUGCAGAGCGGUGUUCAGUUACAGGAGCAGAUUAAAGAUGUGCACAUGUCAGAGAUCAUCGACGUUUAUGAACAGAAACUCUCCGCCCUGGCUUCUAAGGAAGGCCGUCUGCAGGACCUGUUGGAGGCCAAAGCUUUUGCUUUGUCUCAGGCUGAUCGUCUGAUCGCUCAGUACCGCUGUCAGAGAGCACAGGCCGAGGCCGAGGCCCGAAAGUUGGCCUCUCUGCUGAAGGACACAGAGAAGAGAAAGGAGGAGCUGCAGGCCGAGCUGAGCGAUCAGGUAAUGGAGGUGGAGAAGCUGAAGAGCGACAGUCAGCAGCUCCUCCAGCACAACAGCCGUCUGCAGGCCGUGUCUGAUGAACACCAGAACCUAAAAAGCACCUACAACCAGCUCCUGAACAGGUACAAUAAAGGCGAAUUGAUGCUGAAGGAGCUUCAGGCUGCUCAUAUCUCCCUCACACAACAGGCUGAAACCCUGAAGAAGAGCAACGAGGGGCUGAAACUUCAGCAGGAAAGGUUGUCAUUAGAGCUGCAGCAGAAGGAGGAGAAGAUCUCAGAAGUGGAAGCAGACCUGCAGGAGAAGCGUGACACGAUAGCAGACUUGCAGGCUGAGGUAGGGCGACAGGAGGAGCAGGCUGGAGAGAUGGAGGAGAACAUCAACACACUGAGGAAGGAACUCGCCAGGACGGAGCAGGCCAGGAAGGACGCCAGCAUCAAGGCCUCGUCUCUGGAGCUACAGAGAUCUCAACUUGAGUCCAAACUGCAGAAGAAGGAGGAGGAGUUGAGCAAACACACACACAUGAUCGCCAUGAUACACAGCCUGAGCAGUGGCAAACUGAAGAACGAUGCCACCGCCAACCUUUCUCUGUAACACACACACACACACACACACACACACACUGUACAUUCUGUACACUCUGUACACAUAUCCAGAUUCAUGGAUUCCAGAAGUAUUGGCUCUCUUUCCAGACUCCACUGUUUGGUUUAAAUGCACUACACACACACACACACACACACACACGCACACAAAGCCAUGAACUCGGAUGACAAAUACAACUUUUUAAAUGUUUUAAACUCUGAGAUCCAGGUAACUUAUUGUCUUUUUAUAUCGUAUUUCUGUCUGUAAUUUUCUAGGUCAUUCUUUUUACAUCAUAUUUUAACAAAAUAAAUAAAUAUUUCAUCAUUUUCUUGAUUAAAUACUUAAUUUGCCACUGUCAUGUGAAGCGAUUCAGUUUCAUCAUGGAGUGAAAGAAUUAAUACAUUUUUGGUUUAUUGAUCUAAAUGAGAAAUAGAAACAUUUGACUUUUCAGCCAGUAGAUGGCGUUGCGCCUUAUGAUGAUUAAUAAACUCCAUUCUAUUUAGGUUUUAAGUGUGGUACAGUGAUUAAAUCAAACGCAUCAAUCACACAGGUGUGCUAGAGUCAAAAAAUUCAGCGAUAAGAUAUUUAAUGUGUUAGGUUUUUAUUCAACAGAUUUUUUUUUUCCCCAGUAACUGCUGCUGUCUCACUGUUCAGGGUUUGUGUUCAUGCUGUAUAAAGGACAUAGGUGUUUUCUGUGCUUUACUGGCUGAGUAAUGAACGAGAAAGCAGUUUCCGUUUUGUUUCGUGAGAUGACGAGUGACGAGCCCUGGGUUGGAAUGCGAUGAACUUCAUACAGCCUUUUCUUAUCUAUUCUUUUAACUUGCUUUUCCUCAUUGUCGUGAUCACAGAAACUCAUGCCUUAAUGAAGCUGCUCCACCUGCACAGUUCACGUUAUUCACGUCAUCUUUUUACUGUUUACCUUCUGAAAUGUGUUUUAUUUAGAAAGCUUUUAAAAAUGCUGAUGGAAAAUACACAAAAUUGGGACGGAUGAAUUUAUUACUAAUUUACCAAAAAAAAGAAAAUAUAAAUACAAGAAAAAUAUGUAUUUAUUUAUAUUAUAUACACAUGAUACUGUACUGUUUCUUUAUACAUAGUUCCUAAAUCCUUCACAUUUUUACAUUAAGGUGCCUGAACCAGAAAUGUUACUAUGCAUUAAAUAGCCUAAGUUUCUCUUUUCUGGCCUUGAACUUGGCUCCACCCCUCUGCAUACAGUGCCACACUGUCACACCAGACAAUAGACGACAUAUGAACAGCAGUAACAAACCAGAUAUUACCAUCGAAUAUCACUUGCUGCCUAAUUGCCAUGAUAAUUGACUUUUAUUUUUCUCUGUUGAUUGUUAUUAAUUCUCUAACUAACUACUUGUGCAACACAGCUAUAAUGAGUUUGAAUAUAGAAUGCUUUACUGCGGUAGCUUCUCUGCCAAAUCAAGUACGAGUAACAGGGAGUGUUUUUAACAGACUAUAAUUAGACUAUAUAGUAGGUUUUAUUAUAAAAAUAAGAAAAACAUCAGAAAGAGAAAUUCGUCCCCCAGUGUGCUGCUGCAUCUGUGUUUGCAAACACACUGGGCAUGCUCAGUGUACGUGCUCUUUUACAGAAAUGUAUAUUCCUGUGAACAAGCUGCAGUUUAAGUCCAACGUUCAAGUGUCUUUCAGUGAUUAAAUUCAGUAUGGUCAUUGUCCAAAAGCAGCUUUACAGAAUGAAAAAUUAAAAGAAUGUGUAUUAAAUGUCUGAAAAAAAAUGUGUAAUAUUUGAUUAUCAUAUCGUCCCUGAUGAACAAGCUGAUAGCGACAUGCUGAGGGGAAAACUCCGUAAGAUGGCAAUAGGAAAAAACCUCGAGAGGAACCAGACUUAACAGGGAACCCAUCCCCUUUUGGGUGAUGACAGAUAGCAGGGAUUGAUCUGCACUCAUACUGUAGCGUUCCCUCCAU